AUGGGCAAUAACCGCCAACACCGGUUCAGAAACCACCGUCAGAACCAUGCUCAAUCCAGUCGACACUCACUAGACAACGAAUCUCAAAGCUCCGUCGUUCAAGAAACUCGUGACGGUGAUAAUGAAGAACCUGAGGAACUCACACAACCCAAAAUAAAGCUUGCAAUGUGGGAUUUUGGCCAAUGCGAUGCCAAAAAAUGCACCGGACGCAAGCUUUCGAGGCUGGGUUUUCUAAAAGAGUUACGCGUGAGUAAUGGUUUUGGGGGAAUUGCUUUAAGUCCUGUUGGACAGCAAUGUGUCUCAAGAGAAGAUUACUCUUUAAUCCAGAAUAAAGGAUUGGCCGUUGUGGAUUGCUCGUGGGCACGCUUAGAUGAUGUGCCUUUUGCAAAGUUGCGCUGCCCUGCUCCUCGCCUCUUGCCAUGGCUUGUAGCAGCAAACCCAAUAAAUUAUGGUCGGCCAUGUCAGCUAUCUUGUGUAGAGGCCUUGUCUGCGGCUUUGAUAAUAUGUGGAGAAGAGGAAACGGCAAAUCUGGUGCUUGGCAAGUUUAACUGGGGUCACUCUUUUACGUCUCUGAAUAAGGAAUUACUGAGGGCCUAUUCUAAAUGCCAAAACAGUGCUGAAAUUAUUUCUGUUCAAAAUGAUUGGCUAUCACAAGCACGUCAGGUUCCACGGGCUCCUCCUACUGAUAGCAAAGAUGUUAUGCAUGAAAAUGAAGAUAAUGUUCAAAACUCUUCUGAUUCUGAAGACGGGCUUCCACCUCUUGAAAGGAACGUGAAUCAUUUGAACAUAGAGAAUAGUGAUGAAGAGAGUGAAGAUGAGCUCCCACCUCUUGAAAGGAACAUGAAUCAUUUGAACAUAGACAAUAGUGAUGAGGAGAGUGAGUAG